UGUAAGCAAGAGGAAAACUAGGAACAGUAGCUCGGAAAGAGGUUUUUUGCGGUGGAAAGCGUUUUCCCGGGUGGCCUUUUUUGGUUGUAAUAAUUAGCUUCCGUUCCCGGGUCAGUGCGUAACGAGGGUAGAAAGUUUCCUCGAAAGUGGUACAUCGGUGUCGUGGGUUGCUAGGAUCUGCGGUGCUGCUGGAUGCUGGAUCGAACCGAAAUUCGGCAACACGUUGACACAAACAAGUGUUUCUGAUGCUGCAACAGGCUGACCUUCGCCGAGGGAAUUGAUUUGCAUCGGUUCGAUUGCAUUCAGCCGCAACACCCGGAGGGUGUUGGCCAUCGAUGCGCUGCCGGGAGCUGCAUUUAGCGGUGGACAAUGGAGUAUUGCCGUAUCUGUUGAAUUUUUGAUAAGAUAACGCGUCCAAGGCGGACUUGGAAGACAAAUCUUCCACAGUCAGAAUGGGAUUCAAGUACGAAUUGCUUCAACAGCAAGACUCAUCGGAACGGACGGCACCGCCGGCCGGAUCGCGGCGAAAAGGUCCCGGUGGCGCGAAGACCGGAGGCGCCACCAACUUACGCUUUUCGUUCAUCUGCCUCGUUAUCAGUGCCUCACUACUUAUAUUCCUCCUCGGUGCUUACACCGACUCGUUCCAUCCGAUCAUCGACGGCAUCGCCGGAAAGCUCGGUUACCAUGAGAAAAUCUAUGCCGUCGUGAUCGAUGCCGGUUCCACCGGAAGCCGGGUGCUAGCAUUCGAGUUUCACCAUGGCUACCUCGAUGGGCGGCUCGUACUUGAUUAUGAAUUGUUCAAGCAGUCGAAACCGGGACUGUCUGCUUUUGCCGAGCGGCCGGAGGAUGGCGCGGCCAGCAUCGGAAAGCUACUGGAGGAGGCGAAAACGGUUGUGCCGCUGGAGAAACUUUCCCAGACGCCACUGGUGCUGAAGGCGACGGCCGGGCUUCGUCUGCUGAAACCGGAACAGGCAGAAGCGCUGCUGGCCGCCUGCCGGGCACUGUUUAAAACGUCCGGCUUUCUGGUGGACGAGCAGGCCGUGGAAAUUAUGGACGGUACGGACGAGGGCAUCUUCUCCUGGUUCACGGUGAACUUCCUACUCGGAAAACUGAACGGCAGGAACACGGUGGCCGCAUUGGAUCUGGGUGGUGGAAGCACGCAGGUCACUUUCGCACCGAAGGACGUAUCUCAGACGCCCCUGUACAAAGAUUUCAUGCACCGGGUACCGACGUUCAACUCGUACGUGGAGGUAUUCACCAACAGCUACCUCGGGGCCGGAUUGCACGCAAUACGGCAUGCCGUAUUCACCCACCGGGCGCCCGAAAAUCAGACGAAGCUUUCAAGCGAAUGCGUCAAUCCGAUCAUCCAGGAUAAGCUGUUCCGCUACGGCACCGGCCAGUACUACAUCAGUGGUAAGGAAAACCCGAAAGCCACGACGGUUCCGACGGUUGACUACGAACUGUGCGCGUCGAUCGUGCGACAGAAGCUGCUGCCGACACUGAAACCCAAGCCGGUCACCCUGAAGCAGCAUGAAAUUUCGGCUUUCAGCUACUUUUUCGAUCGUGCCAUCGAAAACGGUCUUGUUGAACCCAUGCUCGGAGGAGAAACAACUGUCGGACACUUUGUCACCCAAUCGCGUGAAGUUUGCGCCAACCCAAACGCUGACCAGCCGUUCAUGUGCGUCGACCUGGUUUUUAUCUCAUUGCUGCUUGAAGAGGGUUAUGGUCUGAAGCCGAAAACUCCACUGAAGCUCUACAAAAAGAUCGAUGGACACGAAAUAUCGUGGGCCCUCGGUUGCGCCUACAACAUCCUGACGAGCAGAGAAAAUGCAAACAAACACUAAAUUAGGAAGUGUUUGUGCACUCUCCCGAAUUACGAUCAAUCGAAUUCAGACAACAGAGGACAAUCUUCUGCGCUUAACUAGUUUUACUUGACACUGAUCGUUUCCUAAUAGCGAACAACGAUGUAAUACAAUCAUGAACCCUAUUACCAUCCCAGGGCGGACAAGCGUAGGAGCUUUUCGAUAGAACGAAGUAGUAGUAAACAGGUGGCCAAAGAUGAAAUCGCGUCAUUAUCAUUCCUUACUAUUGGAAGGAACAUGCAGGAAGGAUAUUGUUUUUACUGUUUUGUCAACCACAUUUAACUCAACGAGAAAAAAGGAUUUCAAUUUAAAGCACUAUAAAAGGGAACGGUUUUAGAGAAAAAAAAACAUAGGAUAAAAACACAGGAACCGACAUACCGACCGGUUAUAGAUUGGUUCAACUGAAACGAAACUAUUUUUAUGUGCAGGUGCAAUGCGCUAUCCUAUUGUUGUGAUUUUUAACGACUCAAACGACUCAAUUCAUACGUUCAUAUACAACGUGGACCCGCCGGAAUAGUAAAAAGUGUAUAUCCAGAGCUAUUUUUAAAACCACAAACACAGAUACCCGUAUCGAAAAACAAAAACAAAAUGCAACGAACUAACCAUUUUUCGGUAUUUCUUACAAUAAACUCAGUCAGAGUCAGAGUGUGGCAUUUUAGACGAAGAAAUGGACGAAACCCCCUCCGGUCGUUUUUCCGACCGCAACUAUAUCCAAAACGUGCCUUUUUUCAUAACAAUUUUGUCUGUGCCAGAGAGAGAGAGAGAGGAAGAGAGCAAGAAAAAAGGACAAACCACGCGCAUAAGAAAAGCCCACAAAUGCGAGGAGGUGGUGCAAAAAAGUUCAUACAUGUAAUACACACCCUGCAUCGACCGUCAUUAAUCUGUAGCCAGUAGAAAAAAGUAACGAAUAUUCAUCGGUAGAGAGGCUAGAUAAAAGCAAGCAAUCUAGAAAUGCACCCGAAAUGAGCUCGUUGUGCUUAUCGUAGCAGUAGAAUGUAAUCCGCACGAAACUUAGCAAUCUGCACAUCCGGAAGGAAACCAUCCGCACGUCGAACACAUCGUAGCUGUGUGAGUGUGAUAUUUUGUUGUUGUUGUUGCUGUUGGUUGUUCGAGGGCAAAGCGUUUUUGUGCCGAAGAAUUGCUUAAGAUUUAAAUGCACGAUACGGUAGGCAAAUAUUUAAAGUAGAAUCCAUGUGUGACAAUGUCCUAUGGCCUAGCCAAUGGUUCUAGCUAGAGAGUGUGCGAGUGUUUCCGGUAGUGUUAGCGUAUAUCCUAUUGUUACAAGAAUGGCACCACAUUCCCCGUACAUCCCAUUCCCCGAAGGAGUCCCCGGAGGCAGGAGACUCGUAGGAUUCACCGUCACCGUUCGCAUCCCAGCUGUGUCCCUUACUCUCUGCACCCUUACAUUUUACCUCUGGAUGUAGCUAUUGUUUUUCGCACCCACAGCACAUACGAUUAAUUGCACAACAUGUACCAUUGACUCUGAGGGUCUGUGGAAAGAAUAAUUAGCAAAUCGAAACGGUGCCACCGAAAAUGCGAUCGAUUUUGUGAUGCUGCCUGUGUGGAUUGGAUGAUUAGUGUGAUAAAAUGAAAUUGUGAAAAAACACCCAAUAAUAGGAAAAAUUAGUAGAUGUUAGAAGGCAAUCAAAAUGCUUCACGAAGUUGCAUUCAUUCUUCAUCUUGCUUUGGCUAUCCCGAGUGGUAUAAAUCGAUCAGACUGUUGUUACACUAUCGGUUUCCCAUGGUAACGUAGCCUCGAUCAAGAAUCAUUGUUAUGGCUACGGCAACUUCGCGUCAAUUAAUGCUACUCGCGACGGCACGGAAGAAACUAAGUGGUCGAGAUAAUAGGAACAUUUUUGGGGUGGGUAGAAACGAAAAAUAUCUGACAUAUCAUUAAAUUACACAUGCUACAUGGUAGGACAACAGGAUGGCAAUCUUAUUGUAUAGUUUUCUACACUUUCCUUUCCAGUAACAGCUGAUGGCAAUGUUGUAAAAUAACCGGUAAUAAAGCUCAGGUUAAAGGUACCCGAA